AAAGGGGCUGGCAGCGCCCUGCGGGCAGCGCUUCCGCACCCGGGACCCAUGUGACACCGCACUGCACAAGGAUCAACCUGCUGUGCCAGUCGCACGCUCAGUCCCAGCUCCGGGAAGGCCACAUUCCUCUGCCCUCCCUACCGCGCCGGGAUGGAGCAGAGGGGCUGCCCGCGAGCGCACUGUAAGGCAGCAGACCCGGUCCGCAGCGUCGGGGUUCAAAGUCCACGAGGCUCUUUCCAGACGAGGGCAAAGGAAUGUGCGGUCACUGGGUCCCCUCCGGGUCUGUGCUUUGGGGCGCUGCUGCUGCCUUGGCUUGUUACAACCCCACCAGGUCCUACUCUCCACGCCCCGCACCCCCUGGCCUCCCACCGGCUGCUUUAUUGCAUUGCUGAUACAUGCUGCCUUGCUAGGCGGGAGACAAACGCGGUUUGUUGGCAAUUAUGCAUAGGAGGGACUAUGCAGGAGAGAGCGGAAUCUGGAGGCAGCAGGAAGGCAAAGCGCACGGGAUGAAGUAUGGCUAGUGCCUAGACUCGAGUGCCCUACGCUACUCCAAGAGAGGCACCAUGACCAAAUAAGGUGUUAGACUACAAUGAAUGUUGAACAUGAAAUUAACCUCUUAGUUGAGGAGAUUCGGCGGCUGGGGACCAAAAAUGCUGAUGGAAAGCUGAGUGUGAAGUUUGGUGUGCUCUUUGCUGAUGAAAAAUGUGCCAACCUCUUUGAAGCCCUAGUGGGCACUCUUAAGGCUGCAAAACGAAGGAAGAUUGUUACUUACCCAGGAGAGUUACUUUUACAAGGUGUUCAUGACAAUGUUGAUAUUUUGUUACUGCAGGAUUAAUGCAGUUUGCACUUCUCCUGUGUAUUAAUUAAUUCGUUUCAGGUAAAUGGUAUGCAGGCAUUUCAGAUCAAGGCAAAUCAUCGUAGUGUGUUUUGAUGUAUUUUUCUAUAACUUUAUAGUAUAAAGGAGACUGUCUUAUUUUGGAAAAUAUUCCUUUUUGUAUUCCUUCUGUGAACAUUACUGUAAAUGAUUGUAAGGUAAGGAUACAAAAAUCUCUCUUUUUAACUCAGGUAAUGCAUUUUUUAAAUGUAUCUCUCAGUUAUUGUCACCAUGAAAGAAGAGACAAAACUGGUAACUUAUCUGUGUUUACAAACCAAAAUCUGCAGUGAAAGUAUAAAAUAAAACAUGCCUAAAUG